AUGUCUUCAGAAGAAAUUCAACAACCAGUCGUUAACCGCGACUUGGAAGAACAACGCCCAGUUGCUGAUGACGUUUCCAGACAACCAGAGACUGAAUACAUUCCUCCUUAUGAACCAAAGUACAACCAAUUGGGUUUCAAGAAUGAAACUUACAGAAACCACCUGGUUGCUGCCAUUGGUGAGUUCUGUGGUACUUUCAUUUUCUUGUGGAGUGCCUUCGUCAUUGCUCAAAUUGCCAACUCCGAUCUCGAUGUCAAGCGUACCGGUGGUUCUCACCCAGGUCAAUUGAUUAUGAUUGCCUUCGGUUUCGGUUUCUCUGUCAUGUUUGCUGUCUUUAUCUUCUUCAGAGUUUCUGGUGGUAACUUGAACCCAGCUGUUACUUUGACUUUAAUGCUAACCAACGUUAUCCCAUGGCCAAGAGCUUUGGUUAUGUGGUUGGCUCAAAUGGUUGCCGGUAUGGCCGCUGCUGGUGCCGCUUCUGCCAUGACCCCAGGUCCAAUUCUGUUCGCUAACGGUCUAGGUGGUGGUUGCUCCAAGUCCAGAGGUCUUUUCUUGGAAGCUUUCGGUACCGCUAUCUUGUGUUCUACUGUUAUGUUCAUGGCUGUUGAAAAGCACAGAGCUACCCCAAUGGCUCCAUUUGCUAUUGGUAUCGCCUUGUUCGUCGGUCACUUGAUCUGCGUUUACUACACUGGUGCCGGUUUGAACCCAGCCAGAUCCUUCGGUCCAUGUAUCGCCAAGAGAUCUUUCCCUGUAUACCACUGGAUUUACUGGGUUGGUCCAAUUAUUGGUGCUUUCAUGUCUGCUUUGUUGUGGAAAUUAUUGAAGGUCUUGAGAUAUGAAACCUGUAACCCAGGUCAAGACGACAUUGCUGAAGCCAAGGCUAGAGAAUAUGUUGAAGCUCACUCUCACACUCAUUACGUCGAAAACUAA